CGCUUCUCUGUUUCCCCCCUCAUAUCCGUCUCGACUGAGCAUGAGUAAUUUUACGACCUUAGCGCCGGAAGAAGACAUUCUAAGCGAUGUCGUACCAAGCAAUAUUGUCUCUCGCCAGCCAAGUGAAGGCGCUGAUGGAGAGAGCGAGCUUGACGAUAUGGAAGAAGACGAGUUGGUUGGCGAUGAAAGGGUAUCAUCGUCGAAAGGUCAAUCGAACGCGAAAAGGAAACACAAUAAGGAGAAGAGGAAAGAAGCGGAAGGGCAGUUGCAGUUGAGACGUCAAGAAAUGGAUAAGGCCAAGAUUGCAGACGCGGUGAAAAGAUAUUCGUAUCUGCUGGGACAAACAGAACUUUUCAAACAUUUUGUUGACAUCAAACGAGCAAAGGAUCCAGAGUAUGCUGCACUUCUAGAUGCGCAACCUAAACCUAAGGGAAGAGGGAGGAAGAAGGCUGUUGACAACAACGCCCGGCAUCGGAAAUCGGAAAAGGAGGAAGAUGAGGAGCUGUUAAAAGAUGGAGAGGCAGCAGUAGACGGAAACGAUCAGCCGUUCGUGUUUGAGGAAUCUCCGAGCUAUAUCAACGGUACAAUGCGAGGGUAUCAGCUGCAAGGACUGAACUGGAUGGUGUCGUUACACCAUAAUGGAUUAAACGGUAUACUCGCUGAUGAAAUGGGUCUCGGUAAAACCCUACAAACGAUAUCGUUCCUCGCAUACCUAAAACACUACCGGGAAAUCAAGGGACCACACCUCAUCAUCGUUCCGAAGUCAACUCUCCAGAACUGGCGUCGAGAGUUUGAUAAAUGGACGCCAGGAUUCAAUGCAGUUGUACUCACCGGAACGGCAGAUGAACGGAAAGCCAUCAUUCAGGAGCGACUGAUGACUCAGGACUUUGAAGUCUGUAUUACUUCUUACGAGAUAUGCCUUAUCGAGAAGGGCACGUUCAAGAAGUUCUCCUUCGAGUACAUCAUCAUUGAUGAAGCCCACCGAAUCAAGAAUGUCGACUCGAUGCUUUCUCAGGUCGUUCGAGACUUCAUAUCUCGCGGACGGCUCCUUAUCACUGGAACCCCACUCCAGAACAACCUCCAAGAACUCUUUUCGCUCCUUAAUUUCAUCUGCCCGGAGAUUUUCUCAAACUACGCGGAUUUGGAUAGUUUCUUGCACAAGGAUUCCGCUGAAGGUUCGGAACAGGAAGAGGAGAACAGUAAGAAAGUGGUAGAAGCUCUCCAUAAGAUUCUUCGACCCUUUUUAUUACGAAGAGUGAAAUCCGAUGUCGAGAAGAACUUACUUCCCAAGAAAGAAAUCAACAUCUAUGUUGGGCUCACCGAGAUGCAGAGGAAAUGGUAUAGAUCAGUUCUUGAGAAGGACAUUGACGCUGUGAAUGGCCUGACUGGGAAGAAAGAAGGCAAGACUCGCCUUAUGAACAUGGUCAUGCAACUCAGGAAGGUUACAUGUCACCCCUACCUAUUCGAUGGUGCGGAACCCGGCCCACCUUAUACAACGGACGAGCACCUCAUCGAGAAUUCCGGCAAGAUGAUAAUUCUCGACAGGCUCCUCAAAUCUAUGAAUGCCAAAGGGUCUCGCGUCCUCAUCUUCAGCCAGAUGAGUCGUGUACUGGACAUCCUGGAAGAUUAUUGCUUAUUCCGAGGCUACAAGUACUGCCGAAUUGACGGUGGAACUGCUCAUGAUGACCGCAUAGCUGCCAUUGACGAGUACAACAAGCCUGGUAGCGAAAAGUUCAUAUUCCUCCUUACGACACGGGCGGGAGGACUGGGAAUCAAUCUGACCACAGCCGACGUUGUUGUACUUUAUGAUAGCGACUGGAACCCACAAGCAGAUCUGCAGGCCAUGGAUCGGGCUCAUCGUAUCGGGCAGACCAAACAGGUGUAUGUCUUCCGGUUUAUCACCGAGGGCAGUGUCGAAGAACGCAUGUUGGAGAGAGCUGCUCAGAAGUUGAGGUUGGAUCAGUUGGUCAUCCAACAGGGAAGGACGCAGCAAUCGAAAGCUGCGAACAAGGAAGAGUUGUUGGAUAUGAUUGCACAUGGAGCUGAGAAGAUUAUCAAUGCUUCCGAGGAAAUGCUGAUCAACGAUGAUAUCGACGCCAUCAUUGCGCGUGGUGAAGAGCGCACCAAUGAGCUGAACAGCAAGUACCAGGAGCUCAAUUUCGAAGAUUUGAAUAACUUCAAGUCUGAUGCAUCUGUGCAGCAAUGGGAAGGGGAGGAUUUCAGAGCGGGAAAAAAACCACUCAAUCUCAACCUUUUGUCCCUGUCCAAGCGAGAGCGCAAAUCCAACUACUCAGUGGACAACUACUUCAAGGACACGUUACGAGCCGGUCCUUCCAAGGUGGAAAAGGGACCUAAGGUUCCGAAAGCGCCGAAGCAGAUUGCUAUCCAAGACUUCCAGUUUUUCCCUCCAGCACUUGCAGCAUUGCAGGAGCGGGAGUUGGCUGUGCAUAAGAGACUUAACGGAAUUCCGGCGACUAUACGCGAACCCGCGGGCCCAGAGGAUACACCAGAAUCGCUAGAGGCAGAACGGGUAGCUGCUCAGGAGUUCAUCGAUACUGCUGAACCGCUCACCGAAAAGGAAGCCGCACAGAAGGAGGCUUAUAUUGAGGAAGGUUUCGCAGAUUGGAGUCGACGUGAUUUCCAACAACUCGUCAAGGGGCUGGAAGCGUACGGAUGGGGACAAUCUAUGGAAACGUAUGCGGCUGAUAUUCAAGACAAGUCUCCUGAGGAAGUCGGGAGGUACUAUGCUACUUUCAGUAAGAAGUGGAAGACUCUCGCGGAAUAUCCAAGGAUCGAAGCCAGAAUUGCCGAAGGAGAAGCGAAGCGAAACAAACGCGACAAUCUCGAGUACCUCCUCGAGCAAAAGAUCGGGUCUGUCAAAUACCCGAUGCAAGAGCUGGAGCUCAACUACCCUACAACGAAGGGCAAGGUGUACAGCGAAGAAGAGGACAGAUAUCUGUUGUGUCGACUUUUUCACUAUGGAAUGCAGGCAGACGAUGUUUAUGAGAGGAUAAAGAAGGAUAUCACGGAAUUCCCGGUGUUCCGAUUCGACUGGUUUUUCAAAAGCAGGUCACCGCAGGAGUUGCAGAGGCGGUGUAAUACGUUGUUGAGCAUGAUUGAGAAGGAGGCUGAAGCGAAGCAACAGGAGGAGAUUAAGGCAAAGGGUGCUUCCAAGGCCAAGAAACGUGGCAUCGAAGAGAUCAAGGAGAAAGAAAAGAAGGAAUCACGACCCUCGACACCUAGUAAUACUUCUGCAACGUCUGCUAAACGGCCAACGAAAAAGAAGAAGGCAUAGAUGAACGAAUUGUAGCUUUUGUGGGGCGUUUGGCCGAGUCGGUGGACUAUGGACUGUAAUUUAUCCUAUAUCCCACAAUCUGUAUUAUCAUUAUAAAAACGCAUCACGCUAGAGACGUUGGGUGGAAAUAGAUGUAUAUACACAGUACUUUCCUUCAGUCGAAAUCCAUUACGUAUACCUACGACAAAUAGUUGACUAAUUCUUCCAAUUCCAUGU